AUGAAUGAAGCAAGAAACAAGAACGGACUCCUGAUGGACUUUCCCGUAAAAACACCCAUCCGCAAGGGCUCCGCGCGGCGAAAAAGCCCACGAGCCAUUCGAUCGCCCUACACGACCGAAGCCUGCCAGGAGUGUCGGCGACGAAGAGCGAAGUGUGACGGGACGAAACCCUCGUGCGGACGCUGUCUGCGCCACGGCAUCGACUGCAAGUUCACGGGCAGAGACGACAGCCGUGGCACGGCGCCCAAGUCGCUCGUGAUGCUGCUGCAGAGUCGGAUUGACCUGCUGGAGCAAGUCCUCUGGCUGCAUUCGAUCGAUGUCGAUGCGACCAUUGCUCAGCUUAGAGCGCGGGGUGACUUUGGAUCGGGCACGUCUUUACCAGCACAACCGUCACCGCAGAUUACGGAGCCCGAUGGGGCUCUCUGCUCCAAGGGGUCGUUUGGGGUCGGGGACGAUGGAGAGGUGAGCUAUUUUGGGUCUAGUAGUGGGCGUGUAGAACUCCUGCACUCGAAUGCUGCGGACACUGAUCAUGUAGCACCGACCUCGCUUCCUCCAGUCGGUUCUCGCCUCAACCAGUUCUGUCAAGAGAUCCAAUCGGGAUGUGAUAUUUCCGAGGACUUGAAAGAACAUCUGAUCGCAAUCUACUUCGAGUGGGAGCAACCCUGGUGUCAACUCGUGGAUGAGUCACUCUUCCGGGAGAGCAUGCAAAGCAAAGGCCGCUACUUCAGCCCGCUUCUGCUCAACAGUAUCCUGGCCAUUGGCUCUCGCUACUCGGAUAGACCCGAAGUGCGCUCCGUGCGCGAUGAUCCCAACACAGCUGGUCAGGCGUUCCUCGAGAUCGCCGAGGUCCUCCUUCAUUUCGAUCUCCAGUCCCCGAGCAUCACAACCAUCCAAUCGCUGGGUAUCCUCGCUAUAAUGUAUGUGGCAACCGGAUCGGAUUCAAAGGGCUGGCUCAAGCAUGGAAUGGCUGUCCGUUUAGCUUUAGACAUGGGCCUGAACCUGAAUAGUGCGACAUUGCACAAGUCCCACGUGUUUUCGGAGGUGGAGAUAGAGCUUCGAAAGCAGAUUUAUUGGGCGCUCUUCUGCACUGACAAGAUGUGGGCGAGCUAUACUGGGAGAGUGUGUACUAUGCUCGACUCUCAAGCGUUGGUUCAGUUGCCUCUGCCCAGUGGCACUGGGCAGGAGCCUACGAGUCCUAGGGAAGCCCUUCGAUCACUUCAUCACGCCCUAUCAACGCAAUGUCAGAUUCUCGAGAAGAUCCUUACAAGUCUCUAUGCCCCAAAAAGUCUGUCACCAGGGGUUCAACGUCACACCUUCUUCGACCAAUGCCUUUUAGAGUUGAAAAGCUGGAAAUACCGACUUCCCGUGGAAUUGCAGAUCAAACUAUCCGCGGGCAGCGAUGCUCGCACUCACACUCACACUCGGCCAUAUACCUUCAUCCUUCAUAUGGUGUACCACACGUCCCUGAUCAUGCUAACCAAGCCCUUUCUGGCCCGGAAGCAACGCCCAAGCCGUGAAACACCAUCAACAGGGGGGCUAAGCAAGGACCAGGGCCAGGAUCAAUCAGACCCGACGGCCGAGAGAGCGAUGACACUGUGCAUGGACGCGGCACGGGAGAUUAGCCUUCUAGGCGAGCAGUACCGCAAGGCUUUUGGCAGUUUCCGGCAGACCCCCGUCACCGCUACGCAUUGUACGCUGUCCGCAGUGCUUUUCUUCAUUUUUAGUUUAAAUAAUUGUGUGAGCAACGAGAUGGAUGAUGGCGGCGAAGCCAGGUCGCAAAAGGCGAUUGCUAAGGCCAUCAAUUCAUGUGUAGUCACUUUGGGUGAGCUGGCGAGCUCGUGGUCGCCUGCUCGUCGGUAUUGGAAGGCGGUUCUGGCCAUCCUCGAGCACCGACACGUGCGCAGCAAAGCGGAUAGCAGUUCUCAGCCUGCAUCGUCGACGCCUGGCUGCUCCGCCGCUGCGCCGGACGCAGACCUCGAGGGAAUCAGUGGGUCUUUUUGGGACAGUGUACUGGGAGGAGAGAAUUAUGCCGGCAGCUUUCACGACGUUGGUAUGUGGCAAGGCACAGCGAACUACGAUUCUCUAGGGGCAGAAGGUGAGACCCUGUUUGAUGGGCUCAUGUUGGGCUUUCCCUACGGCUUCGAGCCGUUCCCAGGGUUUUCACCCGAACAACACGAAUUAUAA